UGUGGACAAGGGUUACUGGCGGACAGGCUCUCCACUAUCAGCUAGCGGCUGCGCCCAGCUGAUCUCUGGACUCUGGGAUUGAGCAACGCAGCCAGAAACCGGCAGCCUCAAAUCAUUCACACACAAAGAGAAGACAGCGGAGAGCCACGGAUGAGAGGGACGCUGGAGAAGCCUGCGCUGAAAAGCAGCCAGAAAGUUAAACAUUGAUAAAAAGCUCUUCCAGGCGAAACCGGUGAACUUUUCAUUCCAAAGGGAUUAUUCAGGAGAAAGAUUUAAGCAUGGAAGAGGGGGUGGUCAGAAGCAGGGGUCUCUCUCAGCGUAAUCAUGGUGACAGCCAGUGCAAGGGACAAGGACUCAUGUGAGACACAGAGGAAUUAAAAAGCCUAAACACUGGCAGAGGUAACAGAAGGAGGGCCGGCGCCGGAGAAACUGGACUUCAGCAUGGGCGUGAAGAGCAAAGCGGCCGCAGCUAUCGUAGUCCUGCUGCUGUUCCUCGGCUCCCUCUGGCUGCAAGGGGGGCUGGACUACCACUGGGACUCCUGCAUCAAAGGAUACAAUCAAAUAAACAAGCUCCACCAGCUGUCCAACAGCAGUGCCGAUGGAUCCGAGGGCCCUCACAUCUUGGAGACGUGCCCGGGUCAGAACUUCCAGGUGUCCUUGCUUCUGUCCCACAUGCUGGCGGCGCCGGCCUACAGCUCGGACGUGCUGAUGCAGCCGUAUCUGGCCAGCUGGGACGAACUGGUCAAGUUCAUGGACGCUCUGGGGCCCAUGGUGGGAAUGAUCUCAAAGGAGAUUGUCACCAAGACGUCAAUAAUUCGUCAACUCGCCCUCGCAGCAGAGGACAACCCCGAAGCUGAAGUGAGUCCAGAUGUGCAGAACAUCCAAACUAAAGACUCCUUGAAGGAACCCCAGUUCUCCGGUGACUACCACUCUGUGCGCUCCAUGAUUUCGGCGGAGCUCAACCAAGGCCUUGUGCACUUCCAUCAGCAAACCGACUCCGGAUGUCGAACCAUUUUGCGUUUACACCGAGCUCUGCUUUGGCUGAAGCUUUUCCUGGCAAAGCUGGCAGAGACCCCUCUGAAUGGGCGGCUUAGGAGCCCAUCCGACCUCUGCCGUGAGGCGUACCAGGGCACCCUGGCCCAACACCACAGCUGGCUCGUGCGCAGGGCCGCCGAGCUGGCCUUCACCAUGAUGCCAGAGCGCGGCUUCUUCUUCAGGCUGGUGUGUGCCCAGAAUCAGGAGGAGCUGAGCAACAUGCUGAGCAAAGUGGUUUUGGCCACUACAGAGGUGUAUGACCGAAUGCAGGUGGCUCUGGAGGAGAACGGCAUGCUGGACUUGCCUUAGCAGCCUAUUACAGUGCACUUACAGCAGGCACAGUUGAGCCAUGCUGCCCCCAAAGUUGAGUUCUCCGUUGACACAUGAUCACACUAGCCAGGGUCGCAGGGCACCAGGGAGAGGAAUAUCGUGGGUUCACGGAUCAGUCUGAUUUCCUCUCGGAAAGACAGACUGUACUCAUCACACUGAUCUCAGAUCUGACUUAACCUCCUGACGAAUAUUUAUUAUUAAACCAGAGGAUCCUGGGAUAAACACAGCAAGAGAUUUGACUUUUGACUGACUAUUUAUUUCAGCGGAAAUGCAGAUUUAUAUUCAUAUUGUUGACACUGUCAACCACUUCCAGUUGCAUCAUUCUCUGAGACCCAAAAGACCACCUACAUUUAAUGGCUCAACUGUGGCUGACCUCGUGGGACGCACAUGUGCAAGUGCCCCCUCAGACGGGACUGAUGACUGUAUUGCUAUUUAACCUUGUUAUCUUUGUACGAUCCAGUGAGAACCAUCUAGCCUUAAAAGUUCUUCAGUAAAUAGGGGACCCUUACGUACUAACCAAAGGGCUAAAUCAGUUCAAACUGAAGGUCUGUGCGUGUCAGUAUUAAAUGAAAUGAUGUCCUUACAUUUCCUGACCAGAAGGCAGCUGAUGGUUUAAAAAAUGCUGCAUUAUUUUAACUUUUUUUUUUUUUUAUUUCAAGUUCUAGUUCCAGUUUAAUGCCAUUUUUUUUCUCCGAAAUGAGCGCGAUUGUUGAGAUUCAGUUCUCUACCUCAAAACUGGUGGUCUUAAUCAUUUGUACGGCGGAAAUCUGGGACCAGUUUGUGGAUGAUGCCAAAUAAUUAUGACCAGAAUCCUGUAUGGUGCUUGCGAUGACUAUGAUGCAAGUGCGGAGAGUAAAUCUGUCAGUGUUGACUUGUGGAGUUUUUGUACCAUGUGGGGGAACCUGAAUAAAAUGAUUAUUUCUUUACAGGUUUUUAUAACCC